AUGGCCGAGGCAUUGCGAGACCUGCUGGCCCCUCAGCAACAGACAGACGCCCCCGCCCUCGCCUACCUCGCCCACCUCGCAGAGCAGCAGUCGGACGUCCUACAAUCAUCCGAGCCUCAGCUUCUCUCUCAAGCCUCCCACUCCCUGCUGCUCGCCGUCCAGGCCCUCUCCAAGCGAUCGCACAAACCCGUCGUCGAGUCGGCCGCGAGCCAUGCCUCUCUACGCCAGACGCUGCCUAUCCUCGCCCAGAGAGCCGCGGAUCUAACCCAGGCCGUCCCCCGGCUGGACUCACACGCUGAGCACUUCUCGUCCGCCUUUGGCAAGGCCAGCGAGAAUAAGCUGCUUGCCCGGAGGAAAGAAGCCUUGCUCCUGCUACGCAACUCUGAGCGCCUGGUCGACGUAAUGGAAAUGCCCCUUCUACUCACCUCGGCCGUCUCUACAGCCCCAGUCAACUACUCGUCGACCCUCGAAUUAUACGCUCAUGUCCGCCGCCUGGCAUCUCUCUAUCCCAAUUCCCCGGUAGUCUCCUCCGUUUUAGUAGAGGCAGAUGAUGCUAUUCGCCAAAUGGCCGCAGAUCUCGUUGGCACUCUGAAAAUCCCAAAUCUGAAGCUGGCCGCCGCCGUUCGCACCAUGGGUUGGCUAAAGCGCAUCGUCCCAGACUUGGUCUCUGGCGCAACCGCCGAUGAUUCACUUCCAGCCGUCUUCUUGGUCUGUCGCCUUGCCACCCUUCUAACAACACUUGAGGCGUUGGAGCCACUUAGAGAGCUAGCCGAUGAAGAGCGAAGACGACAAGACAAGGCAGCCAACUCAUGGUCUGGCGGCCAGCAGACGGAACGCUAUCUUAAAAGGUUCAUUGAAAUCUUCCGUGAGCACAGCUUCAACAUUGUGUCCGUGUUCAAGAGCAUCAACACCAGCCUUGCGUUACAGUCGGAUGACGACGAGGACCCUUUAAGCCCCCUACCCUCGCCCAUGGGAAGCUUCCCCCUGCACCUGGUCGAGAUGCUCCUUGAGACUCUCCGCAUCUACUUGCCAACGGUCAAGGACCAGGCGUCAAGGGAGAGUAUACUGACCCAGGUGCUGUACUGUGCUGGCAGCCUGGGACGACUUGGCGCCGACUUUGGAAUGCUGCUGGCCACGACUGGCGUCGGGGAGUGGGUUGAGCUGGUCAAGCGUCAUCGCCUCCUUGCUGGCCGGCUCGAAUCCGUCAUUGGCGACUACCGGGUCAUGGGCGUCAAUAUUGCUACCCCCCCAGCACGACAGAAUGAGGUCGCGACAAUCACGCCGGUGAUUUCACAACGCCCCUCGCGGCAGGCUAACUCAGCUCAUCACUUCAUCUCCGGCCUCGGCUCUGGGGUUUCCUCAGCGGUUAUCUUGCAACCCCUUGACCUGCUGAAAACGCGGGUUCAACAAUCAGGCAACUCAUCUCUCACGGCUACCUUGGGCGAACUGAGACAAUCGUCCAGUCUGGUCCAGGCCUUGUGGAGAGGCACUGUACCCUCUGCUCUGCGUACCGGCUUCGGUUCAGCCCUCUAUUUCACAUCUCUCAAUGCGAUUCGCCAACAUGCUCAGCGCACCGGAAUUUUAGGCCGGCGACUCCAGACCCAGAAUGGCUCCUCGGCGUUGCCUUCAUUAAGCAACUCGGCCAAUCUGGUUUCUGGAGCUGUAGCCAGGACUUUUGCUGGCUUCGUACUUAUGCCUCUCACCGUCAUCAAGGUGCGGUUUGAGUCAAGUCUCUAUUCCUACCCGUCUAUGUUGACCGCGGCUGCCGAUAUCCGCAGAGCAAACGGCUGGCGUGGAUUUUUCUCCGGGUUCGGUGCUACGGCUUUACGAGAUGCCCCGUACGCCGGCAUGUAUGUUCUCUUCUACGAAAUGCUCAAGACUCGACUUGGAUCUCUAGCCACACAACCUACUUCUACUGGAAACACCCCGGGGAAAAUGCAGGCUACAUUGGCCAGUUCCGUCAAUUUCACAUCAGCCAUGCUCGCUGGCGGUGCCUGCUCAGUGGUUUCCAAUCCUUUCGAUGCAGUCAAAACUCGUAUUCAACUGCAACCCCAACUCUACCGCAACAUCUGGCAUGCCUGGUACAAAAUGGUGACGCAAGAGGGCGUUCGCUCACUCUGGGAUGGAUUGGCACUACGAAUGAGCCGAAAGGCGCUCAGCUCAGCGCUCGCAUGGACAGUUUACGAGGAGCUCAUUCGCCGAGCUGGGACAAUGUAAAAUAUAAAGAACAUGUACAAUAGA